AUGGAGGCUGGCACUUACGACGGGGAUUCAUACAACAAGCUUCCGUCUAUCGGAGAAGCGGCUGCCGCAUUCACUGCCAUCAAUGGCAAUACUCUUUUGGACACGGCAUUUCGUGACCUUUUCGUUCAUCAUGGAAUGGACAGAACAUUCGGACUCAUACUUCUCCAUCGCCAUUUCGAACUCGGUGCCAAUGAAAGACUUGUAGAAUACAAAGGCACCUCUGUCCCUUGGUUGAACAACGAAUUGGCCACCAACAUCAGGCCUCAUAACUGGUAUCUCUCUUCGGGAAAAGUCUUCCCAUACGAGUUCUAUCACUCCCUAUCUGAAGAUGGCCCAACUCUUGACCUCAACAAUCCAGAUCAGCAAGCCUUUCUUGACCAAUUUGCUAAGCUGCUUUCGAGAGAAAACGCCGAGAACCUCUUUGGCCUAUGUCGAUACCCGGGUGAUGAUUUCGAAGGACGGAUCGAGAUCACCCAAGGUCGCUCCAAUAUCAACCUGUCACACAAAGAUGUAUGCAAACUCAUCUCAUUCCUAAUCCAAUGA